AUGAGACUUCUGACCCACAGAAGCUCAUCAGUUCAGUGGAGCCCACAUUAUCACCUGGUGUGUUUCUUCAUCAUGCUCGCCUCCUCUGGACCAGCUUCAGCUCUUUUUGCCCCUCCGUUGACCACAGGCCUUCGCUCUGCCUUCUCUGCCACACAAACCAACAGCGUGGUGGGAGGCAAGCAGAAAGCAGUGACUUUCAACAAGCUCAUGGUCAACAUCGGCGGCGAUUUCAAUCCAGACAGUGGCCACUUCCGAUGCCGAAUCCCCGGAGCGUACUAUUUCUCAUUCUCGGUGGGAAAAUUUCCCAAAAAAAUGCUGUCCGUCAUCCUGGUGAAGAAUGGAGAGGAGGUGCAGGCCAUGGCGUAUGAUGACUACCGCAAGAAAGGAAGAAAAGUUCAGAGCCAGAGUAUCAUGAUCAGUCUGAAGGAAAUGGAUACUGUGUGGUUACUUUUACAGCAGAACCCUCAGUAUGCUUUGUACAGCAAUGCAGGCCCUUACAUCACCUUCUCUGGUUACCUUGUCUAUCCUGAAACCCCCACAACAAGCCACAUCAGCAACCACCUGUCCACACCAGCCAUGUCCUAUCCAAACUGCCCGCCUCAGGCUGACACCUGGUCCCAGGAUCAGCCCCGCUCGGCCUUCUCAGUGGCUCGGACGUCCGUCCUCAUGGGGCAGAGCAACAGGCAGCAAGACAAGCCGCCUCUGACCUUUGAUGUGGAGUACGUCAACACGGGCGGCCACUUCAACAAAACGUCAGGCCUGUUCACCUGCCACUUCCCGGGGACAUACUUCUUUGCUUUCACAGUGGGGAAACACCCCCGAAAGGCUGUCUCUGUGAAGCUCAUGACGGGGAAAGGCGAGGUGCAGGCCAUGGUCUUCGACGAGGACACCUCAAAGAGACGUGAAAUGCAGAGUCAGAGCUUAUUGCUGUCUCUCCGCCGAAGCGAGAAGGUGUGGCUGUACAGUCAGCAGGACGAGCGCUACGCAGUUUACAGCAACCAGGGCAGGUACACUACGUUCUCCGGCUUUCUGGUGUAUCCUGAUGUAGAAACGCCUCAGACCAGCCAGGACAGAACUCAACUAUAA